ACCACCUCACACCUCGACUAGCCUCCUGGGCCGCACGACUUCUUGCAGAAUAGGACGACAUCUCGACUGUCGGCGGCCAUGUCCAACUUCCACGCCCUCUCGCCAGUCGGCUCGCCGUCGGAAGCGUCGGGCUCGCAGGAGCGUGCGCCGCGCAUGCGCCCGCCGCGCGACGACAAUCCCUUCCUCUCGCCCUCCUCCUCGCCCGUGCGCCGGCGCCGCGCUGCGCCAGCGUCUAGCACACGCUUCGAGCUCGAUGACGAAGAGCCGCUCAACGAGAUGGCAGGCCUCGGCGCCUUUGACCCGCCAGGCACGGAUCCGGCAAAGGCGCAUACUCGCCUGCAGAACGCCUGGGUCGCAGAGCGUGCGGCACCCGAGCUGCUGCGCUGGGAAGGCACGCUGGUAGACGAGGUGUGCGGCGACAUCGAGGAGCGCGUGCGCAUCAUGGAGGAGCUGGCGCCCGACGAAGGCACGUCGGCGGAGGAGCACGUGCGCCUCGGCAUCGUUGCGCUCGACAUCGAGCGAGCACGCUGGCUCGUCAGGUCCUACGUCCGAGCACGGAUAGCAAAGGUCGAGCUCUUCUCCGCACAUCUGGCCACCAGCGCCGAGGCACGGCGAAACCUGUCUGAUCUAGAGCGCAGCUACGCCGAGAAGUUUCAAGAGCUGCAGGACAAGCACCUGCGAGCGACUGUCGCAGACUUCCUGCCGCCAAGUCUGCGAGAUCUCGACGUUGUGGAGGGCUCGCAGACUGGUGCCGGCAGCAUGAUCAUCACGCCCGACCUCAAUGCGCCCGUCUUCAUUCGCUGUCGCGUCGAGUGCGGCGACGUGCGCAUCAACGCCGAAGGCGAGAAUGCGUCGCUGCGAGCAGGAAGCAUACACCUGCUGCGCUACCGCAUCGUCCGACGGCUCAUCGCGUCUGGGCACGUCGAGAUGCUGUGAUAAUGCAUGGCUCGAGACACAGCGGAUCACGCAAUGCCGU